CGAAUACCUGUAAUAAAUGGCUCCGCUCAAGAUAAUCGGUGCAGGUUAUGGCAGAACGGGUACCGAUAGUUUGCGUGUAGCAUUAGAUAUGCUAGGGUACAAGACACAUCAUAGGAAGACCUUCAACGAUGAAGGUGGACGUGCAGAUAUGUUCAUCGAGGCGUACGAGCACCCCGAAGAAGAAGCGGACUUCGACUAUAUGUACGAAGACUUUGAUGCUGCUUUGGAUUGGCCAACGUGUGUUUUGCUGGAACCAUUAAUGCUGAAAUAUCCAGAUGCUAAAGUGAUAUUGACUGUACGCGAUCCUAAUAGCUGGUAUCGAUCCAUGGCAAACACGAUAUUCCGGAAGCGUGAAAGGCCAAAGCACCUCUUAGAUAGACCUAAAUCCCGUGUGUCCCGGCGUGUCGUUUUAGACGGCGCACGCGAUAUUCCAGGAAUGUUUGAGGAUGAGGAAGCUAUCAAGCAAAAAUUUAUCCAGCAUAACGAAUGGGUAAAGACGUUUGUGGCUCCAGAGCGUUUACUAGUGAUGGAACUGGGGGAAGGGUGGACCCGCCUUUGCAGAUUUUUGGAUAAACCGAAGCCGGUUGUAGCAUAUCCACACGUAAACACAACGGCGGACGUGCACGCAAAGAUGGCAAAGGUCGACAAGGAGCUGUACCAGCCACUAGCCUGUACAGCUGUUUUAUCCAGUGCCAUAGCUGAAUAAAUGUUUGCAUCAUUCAAAC